AUGAUAUCGUCUAAUAGUUUCGAUUCUAUAGUGUCUGAACAAGAAAUUGAUGUACCCUCGUUAGAUAUUGAUAUGAAUAUUGGUGCCGUCAACAUACUUGGCGUGAUGCCAGAAGAAAAGGUACCGAUGUUUAGUACUGAGUAUUCUUCGGUCGUUAUUGAUAAAGCUCUACAGAAUCGUUUCAAAGUUAAUAAUGGAAGGUCUGCACAAGAAAUCGAUGUACCCUCAUCAAAUAUUGAUACGGAUAUUGGUGCCGCCAACAUACUUGGCGUGAUACCAGCAGAAAAAGUACCGAUGUUUAGUACUGAACAUUCGUCAGUCGUCAUUCAUAAAUUAUUACAAAAUCAUUUGAAAGUUAAUGUAGGAAGUUCGAAAAAGAAUUUAAAAUCAUCCAAGCGUAUCGAUGCACAGUCUGAAACACAAACAUCUAUCUAUUCAUCUCCAUUUUAUUCGUCUUCAACUGGCUAUAAAAUGAGAGCUCGUCUUUAUUUAAAUGGUGACGGAAAUGCUCGUCGCACACAUAUGUCAUUCUUUUUUGUGCUGAUGCGAAGCGUGAACGAUCCGAUUCUUCAAUUUCCGUUCAACUAUAAAGUCACAUUUUGUUUGUACGACCAGACGCCUGCACAGCGCCAUAUUAUUGAUUCAUUUCGACCAGAUAUUCGAUCGAGUAGUUUUCAACGACCACGAUCAGAUAUGAAUAUAGCCAGUGGUAUACCGAAAUUUUUCCCGUUGGAAGUAAUUCAACAGGAAGGAAAUCCUUAUGUACGAAACGACACAAUGUUCAUCAAAGUGAUGGUUGAUUUUGGUGAUAUACCUAAAACGCUUUUGCCUUUUGCUUUGAGUCUCAAUUCAGGUCUACGAACUCAUAUUCAACAAAUGAUAAUCAAGCAAGAAGCCAAACGAAGAUCUCAACAGCAGUCUGACGAGCAGCCGCAUAUACCUCCCAACUAG